AUGACGCGUUAUUUUGGAAGGGAUACAUUGACCUUUCAUUAUGAAAAUUACGCACUCGAAUGUAUUUCUUCUGAAAGUGAUGUCAACCUCUCUAUUGACUUUGUACAUAAGUCAUUAAAGAAAUCCUGGUUUCAUAAAAUAAAAAUGUUCUUGAAUUGGUCUUGCAGAAAAAUUUUUACGAAAUGCUUCAUACCCGAUAGAUCUCUAUCUUUGGCUAAAAAAGUUCAAAAUAUCCACAAAGUUAUCACCAACACUUUCCCACCUGUCUUCUUUCCGAAUCUUUCAAUAGAAUAUUUUACGCCUUCGUUUGCGCAACAAUUGCAUCGACAAAUUGGUAACGGAUUGAUUAACAAUGCAGGUCAAUAUAGAACGCGAUUUGUUAUGACAGCACAAGAUAACCUUAUGUAUUUAGCACCGGAUUUAAUAGAGAACAGAAUGAAUGAAUUACUCCGUCAAUGUAGAGAGAAAUUUGAAAGGACGGAAUGCUUUCUCUCCUAUUUCUUACUAAUUCAUCCUUUUAUAAAUGGAAACGGAAAAGUAGCGAGAUUACUUUUGAAUUAUCUGUUAAUAAGAUUCACUGUAGUACCAUUUUCUUUAUAUAUAGGAACGAAAACGCGGGAUGUGUAUUUACAAUGUCUACGUGAAGCACAGUGGUAUCAAGACUCGUUCAAACCUAGUGUACUUGCAUCUUUUAUACUCGAAUGCAUACACAUGACAUCUUAUAACUUAUGUGUAGUAAUGGAUAUAGAAAUUCAAGAUUCCACUAUUGAAUCUUAA